CAGUGGGAGCCAUAAUAGCGCACAAAGUACAGAUCUAAGGCUGUCACUUAAUUUGCUAAAAGCGACUAAGCGAUUACAGAAGAAGAAGAGAGUCCAAUCUCCCAGACUCUGAAGAGACAACAUGGCGACCACCAUCAGCACUCAGCGGGGACAGGUGUACAUUGGGGAGCUUCCCCAGGACUUCCUGCGGAUCACUCCCACUCAACAGCAGCAGCAGGUCCAGCUGGAUGCCCAGGCAGCCAGACAGCUACAGUAUGGAGGCUCAAUAGGCACCGUGGGGAGACUCAGCAUUACUGUUGUCCAGGCCAAGCUGGCUAAGAACUAUGGUAUGACCCGGAUGGAUCCGUACUGUCGGAUCAGACUGGGCUAUGCAGUCUAUGAGACACCGACUGCUCACAAUGGAGCCAAAAACCCGCGAUGGAACAAGGUGAUCCAGUGCACGGUGCCUCCUGGGGUGGACUCCUUCUACUUGGAGAUCUUCGAUGAGAGAGCGUUCUCCAUGGACGACAGGAUAGCAUGGACUCAUGUCACCAUCCCUGAAGGCCUGAGGGAGGGCAGUGUGGUGGAUGAGUGGUUCAGUCUCAGUGGCAGACAGGGCGACGACAAGGAGGGCAUGAUCAACCUGGUGAUGUCUUUUGCUUCCUUACCAGCAGGGAUGAUGACUCAGCCUGUUGUCCUGAUGCCUUCAGUAUAUCAGCAAGGAGUAGGAUACGUGCCCAUUGCAGGAGUGCCUGCAGUCUAUAACCAGGGCAUGGUACCCAUGGCAAUGCCAGCAGCCAUGCCAGCUGUUGGGGGCCAGGGGCCAAUGUGCAGCGAGGAGGACCUGAAGGCUCUGCAAGACAUGUUCCCCAACCUGGAUAAGGAGGUGGUUCGCACCGUGCUGGAUGCACAGCAGGGUAACAAGGACGCUGCCAUCAACUCUCUGCUGCAGAUGGCUGAGGAGCUCUAACUGCAGAACACAAGCUCAUAGCGGACACGCCAACACACACACACACCCACACACAUACAAACAUAUGCACUCAAAUACACUCAAAUGCAUGUAUUUACUCAUGGAGAGACUGCCCACCCUUUGCAUACACACACAUACACCGAGUCCUCCCACACAGCAGCCAUAUCUGAGCUCCCACCAGCUCAUCUGGUAGCCACAGAGAUUUGUUUCCUCUCCCUUUAUUGACUCCUUGUUGGCCUAACAGUACAUGAAGCCUGGGCUGUCUGCUAACACACAGCUGUCUGUCACAAGUGACACUGUAUCCUUGAAACAUUGCAAAAAUUGUGUUCACUUUUGGUUUUUAGAAGUCACUGGUUUAAGAUGAUGUCAGUGGCAGAUAUUUUGGGUUUUCUUCAUGACAGGAUCAUAAAGGUUUGUAUCACAGUAGAUACUCAACUGAGUAUUGAUUUGUAAAUCUUACUGGCCCAAAUCAUUGUGUUUCUAUGAUGUUUCAACAUCACAAUCUUUCUUUCUAUCCAUGGUAACCCAUCUGUAUUCCUGAUCCCAGGGUUUGAUUUGCACUGUUUCAGCUGUAGUGAGUCAUGUUCAUUCCAUCUUCUGUUUCUGGUGAUAUUGUGAAUAAUAUGUGGAGAAUCUGUCUAUAGUAACCUGCAAUGAACUGCUUCUGUUUCAUAUGUAUCUGUAAAAUGUUUAGUGCACUCAAAAUCUGAUAAAUUAUUGUGCAUAUAUUAAAUUAUAUAGAAUUCUAUGUGCUGAUGAGAGAACUGAGAAUGAACAAAUGACCUGAGGGACUGAGGCGAAGAGGAAAUAUGCCCACCAAAGUUCUCUUUCAGAGUGAUGAGAAAAUUCCUUUGUAAAGUUUUGAUGUAAGCCAUUUUCAGUCAGUGAAGUGAGGGUGUGAAGAUGUGAUGUUAUUAAGGAAUAUCCUGUGGAGUCACUUUUUUUGAUAAAGUUUUGAUUAAGAUGCAGUGGGGGAAGAUGUCACUUCAGUCAGGAUGUUUUGAAGUGCUGCAGGAUGUUGUCUGUAGAGCUCUUGAGAUCACAGUGAGUCAGGUGAAGUGGAGUAAUUCAGUCCACUUUUAAUGCUGCUUUCACAAAUAGUUGAGCAUUGAGGUCUAAGAUGACGGUGCCAGACUUCCAUGAAAUGUGCUCUGGAUGUUCAUGACUCCUGAGCUUUACUGCAGCGCCACCAUCAGGUUAAACUUAUACAUGACAAAAAACAGAGAAGCUGAUAUGAGGAGCUCAUUCAUACUUAAUAAUUUGGUGUAAUGAACAGCAACUUCUCUCACCACAAGCAGAGCUUUACAUGUUUAGUCUUCUUUCAGCCACAGUAUUUGUAGUCCCUAAAGCUUUCCACUGACACUUGUAGGUUUCAGAGUCUUGUUGUAAAUGUGCUGCCUGCCAAAGGUUUCAUUUAAGAGAUGUCUGAUAUUUGUGACUAGUUUCACUUGUGAUUCCAAAACUAUUGAGAUUCUUAAAAUGUCACAGUCAUUUUAUUGUGUCAUGUGAUUUCACUGCUGCACAGUAUCUGGAAGUCCAGACACUUAGGUCUUAAAUUUUAUUUGCAGUGUAUAAAGUGUUAAUUUAUAAAUCCUGCUGCAAGCUGCAAAAUGUUGAGCCAGAAAACAAGAACAGGUAGAAAAGGUGUGAACAGUUGGUAUCAGGUAGCUAGGAGAACAGAAAGCCUGUUUGAGUGAGUUUUUGGACUUAUGGUGAUGAUAAUGCUCCCAACAAGACAACAUUACCCUUCAUCACCUGUUUCCAUUGUUAUCUAGAGCUUUGCUGAGAAUAUACAGAUGUUGUCAAAGAGUUCAACCUUGUGUUUUUUUGUUAAUAUUCACCAUUCAUCAGGGAUCAGUACAAAUGUCAAUGCACAUGUUCAUACUGCAGAAAUAUAAUUUUAAUAAUUUUCAUUCAAGAAAUUCUGAGCUGAAGAAAGUUUACAGCACAGUAGAAUGUUGUGACACUGAAAAAGAGCACAUGUUGGGUUAUAAAUAAUAAAACCUGACAAGAGUAAGAAGGUCUAAGUUUAAGUCUUGCAUAGU